AAAAGUUCCCUCUCGCUCAUCGUCUUCUACUAAAAAUUUGAAAUACAAUUCCAAAUUUCCAACCUCCGCAUGCCCUUCUCACUCUCUUUUUCACACACACAGUCACAGACACCGGAGAACUACGGCGUUAAUGGCCAAAGAGGCGGCAGCCUCUGGCAUCACCGACCCACUGAGUGGACUCGUUGGGCCUUCGCUCUUUCCCCGCACGUUUAAGGCCUCAGUCGGCUUUCCAGCGCCGUCUGAUCCAAAAGACCUAGAUUCAAUCCACAGUUUGAUGAAGUCCCUGGAGUUCAGGAGUCCCGAAAAGCUCAUGAAAGAGGCGAAGAGAAUUGUGGAUGGCGGGGCUGAGCUUCUGAAGUCCAAUCUUUCUAGUUUUUUGGAAAAUGCUGGAAAUAAUGGUGCCACACAUGCAAAAGGUAAGGACAGAGACAGACCUCAAGAACGAAGACCUGGUCUUGGCCUUGUUCGGAAAAGGGCUAAAUUUUCUCUGAAGACCAAUAUCAGUCAGCCUAUGGUUACCUGGAAAAAUAAUGUGGCGCUCGAUAGCAUUGACGACCCAGAUGAAUAUUUUGAAGCUUAUGAGCGGAUGGAAAAAGCCAACAAAGAGAUACAGAAACAGCUGGGGGCAAAUGUGGACAAAUUCAGCCUCUAUGAACCAUCGAAUAAUGAACGGCGUCGUAGACCAGGGAUUUUAGGGAAGACGUAUACUUAUAAGCAUCGCUUCACAAAGGACCUUUCUGAAAAUGAUGUGUCAUCCCAAGAAAUAGCUGAUGCAGACAUUCUGAGGUCACAGGAGGACAAUUCACAAAAGGUAGCUGAAGGUGCUAUUCCGAGUUCACCUGAGGACAAUUCACAAAGAGUAGUUGAAGAAGACAUUCCGGUUCCACCUGAGGAUCUUAAUCCUGAUUAUAAUUUAGAGGAAGUUGAACUGGCUGGAUCUACGAAGAAUAAAAAGAAUGAAUACAGUGAUAUCUUGCAGGAGGUGUUAUCCUUUAAUUAUGAAGAUUUACAAGGGCAUGGGGCUUUGAAUCUAUUGCAAGAGCGGUUAAAUAUCAAACCUCUUGAUAUUGAGAACCUAGGCAUGACCAAACAACUUGAUGUUGGAAGGAGAUCUAGUAUUUCGACUGUUUCUGAAAGUUUACGAAAAUCUGAGAGGAAUUCACUGAGUAUAGACCGGGCAUUUAAAAGUCGGAAUAAGAAACCAACAAUUGAACAAAAACAUUUGCCAGGCCAAGUUAAUUUUGUAUCCUCGCCAACUCCUCCAAGAAGUCCAUUUUGUUCUAUAUCAUUAUUGAAAAAGAAAAUUUUGCAACCGAAUCCACUCAGAGACCCAUUUACACCGACUGAUAUUGAGCUGUCUGAGAGCCCUAAUGCUUUGGCUGCCCAGCUUGAGGAUAAGCUAUCUGGACAGGUUGAUGCCCCGGAUAAUUUGGGCAUGUCGAAUGAGUUGGAACCACAUGUAGAUAUUGUCAAUAUGGAACCUUUAGUUUCUAAUGUGGAUGCACCGGAAGAUCUGGGAAAUACAUAUAGUCUGCCUAUGCCAUUGGUAGAUGAGAAUGCAGGCGUACAAAAUGUACCCAAUGAUAGCAGGCCUUUUGAAGAGCCAGACAAUGAUUUUCAUACAACAAUGAAUAUUAAUGAAAACGAAUCAAAUCCUUCUGUACUUGAAGAGGACGCCAGAGAUGACACGUCAAGCAGACAACAAACAGAUCCGUUGGUAGAUGAGAAUGCAGGCGUACAAAAUGUACCCAGCGAUAGCAGGCCUUUUGAAGAGCCAGGCAAGGAUUUUGAUACAACAAUGAAUAUUAAUGAAAACGAAUCAAAUCCUUAUGUACUUGAAGAGGAGGCCAGAGAUGACACGUCAAGCAGACAACAAACUGAUCCAUUGGUAGAUGAGAAUGCAGGCAUACAAAAUGUACCCAGCGAUAGCAGGCCCUUUGAAGAGCCAAGCAAGGAUUUUGGUACAGCAAUGAAUAUUGAUGAAAAAGAAUCAAAUCCUUUGGUACUUGAAGAGGAGGCUAGAGAUGACACGUCAAGCAGACAACAAACUGAUCCAGAUCAACAACAUGAGGCUCAUCAAGCCAAGCUGCCAAGGAAAACAAGAGUAACUGGUGAAAAGCGGCUUAGGAAGUUACAUCCAAUGAGGAAAAGUCUUGCAGAUGCUGGCACGUCAUUUGAAUCUGGGGUUAGAAGGAGCAAAAGAGUUAAGAUGAGAGCCCUCGAAUUCUGGAAAGGAGAGAGGUUCUUGUAUGGACGUGUGAAUGACAGUUUGAAGCUAAUAGGAGUGAAGUAUAUAUCCCCAGGGAAGGAUAGCAAGAACCUAAAAGUGAAGCCCUAUAUCUCGUCCCAAUCAUCGAAACUGAAGGAGUUACUCGAAAUGGAAGGUUCUCGUUAAGUCCACUUGCUACUCCGUAUUAUUACCAUUAUGAGGAACUGAUUGUGAGGAGAUUGGUUUUAAAAUUGUCGGUUUCUAAUACGACAAUGGCUUCACUGUUGAGGGGAAAAAAAAAAGGGUAGGGAAAACAAGAAAAAUGAAAACGAAUUCCAUCCUUAAUUUGUUACGUUUUAGUGAAAUGUUGUGUGAUAUAUAUUUAGUUUUGUUAUUUGUAUUAAUGACUUCGGGAUUGAUUUGGAUGGAUAUGGUUAUGGUGACAAAUUGCUUCAUGUUUGGUUUUAGUGUUGUGUUGGGACAUAAAUGUUGCCCGAUUUUGUUUAACAAUUCGUGUUGUUAAACGAAAUAAGCCCGGUUUUUGUAGCUUGGCAUGUAAGAAUCCAGUAUGGCUUCUUAAGGUUUGAGUUCGACUCGUUAAUAUUGAUAAACGAAUCGAGUUCGAGUUCGAGCUUGUUUAGUUAACGAGUUGAGCUGAGUUCGGCUUGAUAAAGGCCUGAGCCAUCUGCUCAUUUACACCUCUAAUUUUAUAUCUCGAAAUCUGAAUAAUCAAACAUUUGAGUUGUGUGAGUUGUGUUGGAUUAUUGAGUUAAUGGGAUGCUUUUUUGGUAUCAAA